AUGCAUACAUCACACUCUAAGAACUCGUAUGUCAGCGUACUGUUUUUGGCUGCCAUUGUUCCAGCAACAGUCAUGGGUCAGGCAAAUUAUCCAAAAGGUGUAGUUAUGGCCCAUGGAAAUCCAGAAUGGACUAAAGCCGUUGGCAGUGGCCUUCCCGCUGCAAGCGGAAAGGAUUUUUAUGAUUGGGCUGACGAUGUGAUUGCAUGCCCUGGCCCAAAGCAAUGGGGUCUUACAUACGAUGAUGGACCUAGUCCCGAAACCCCAAAAGUACUCGAUGCUCUUAAAAGUCAUAGUAUCAAAGCCACCUUUUUCACCGUUGGUGCUCAAGCUCAAGCCUAUCCUGAUAUUUUAAAGAAAGCAUACCAAGAGGGUCACCAAAUUGCCCUACACACAUGGUCCCAUAAAUCACUUCCUGAAAUCGAUCUGGAUAGUGCCAUUGCUGAGGUUGUUUACAAUGCUAUGAUUGUCAAGGAUACAAUCGGUGUUACACCCAAGUUCAUUCGUGUGCCAUAUGGCAAGAUCAACGCGCCGAUCCGUAAGAUGCUCCAUAACCUUGGUCUUACUAUUGUUGCAUGGAAUCUGGACAGCAAUGACUGGAAAGACGCUAGUCGUAUAGUCGGUCUUAUUAAAGAAAGAGCCGAUACUGGCACUUCUGGUGUGGUUUCUUUGCAGCACGAUAUUGACGCAAAAGUCGUUGCGCAGAUUCCUAAGUCUAUCGAGGUGAUUGUAAAUGGCAAGGCAGGAUAUAAGGCUAUGCCAGUCUCUACAUGUCUUGGACAAAAGGCAUACGACGAAGGUUUCUGGACUCGUCUUGGUGCUGCUCCACCAAGUGGAUCGGCUGCCUCUGCACCAGCCUCUGCUCCUGCUACUGCACCCGCCACUGCACCAGUUACUGCUCCUGCUACUGCACCGGCAUCUGCACCAGCCUCUGCUCCUGCCACUGCUCCAGCAUCUGCACCAGCCACUGCACCAGUCUCUGCUUCAGCACCAGCAUCUGGCAAGGGUACUAAAGCUCCCAUUUCUACCCAAACAGCUGGUGCCCAAGAUAAGGUUGUUUCUGCCAGUGGUGCCAUAUCUCAAGGCAUUUCUAUUACCGCUGGUCUUGUUGCAAUCCUUGCCAUUUUUGUCUAG